ACGUACAUAUAUACAAACAGUCAUUAAGGUUUUUAGUCGGAACUAUUUGGCACCCAUGCGGAGUGAUUUUAACGCCGAAUUUUGACGAUAGCACAGUUUUUAGCAGAGCUUCCAGCAAGUCUUGCCGCACUUCAUACCGAAAAUCAUGGCCGGUGUCGUCAGAAAGAUCAUCGGCGGAAACAAUCCAGCGGUCCCGCUCAGCAAAGCUGUUAUAGUCGGGGACACCAUGUACAUCUCCGGGCAGCUUGGACUCGACCCAAACACACCGGGCAAGAUCGUACCUGGAGGGGUCGUUCCAGAGGCGGAGCAAGCACUGAAGAACAUGGGCUCGAUUCUCGAAGCCGCCAACAUCGACUACAGCCACGUGGUGAAGGCGACCGUCCUGCUGGCGGACAUCAACGACUUCGCUGCCGUCAACGAGGUGUACAAGAAGUACUUCCCGGCCAACCCGCCUGCACGGGCCGCUUUCCAGGUCGCCGCCCUGCCGCUAGGUGGGCGGGUGGAGAUAGAGGCCAUCGCCAUCGUCAGCAGUGCCAUAGUGGAUCGUCAGUGAGCACCAGUGUCAAUGGCCUAUUCCACAGUCUAAUUUCUAUCCACUGUACAACAAUGGAAACUCCGGCGCCCUUGAGUCGGAAACCACUUACUAUUGACCGGGCAACUUGAAGUGCCACAGACAAACCGAACACUCGCUUUCCGACGUGAUCAACUGACUCUGUUAACGUUACUGAUUUAACAUAUGUACCUCCUGGAUACGCAACACUUCUGAAUAAACAUGACUUCAUUAUUCAAA